CAUCGUGGCAGGAAUUUUUUCGGAUUUACUCAGUAUAUCUCCGUAGUAGUGACUGUGUGGUUAUAUCCCCCUCUACACAACUCCACAUCCCCCUGGUAUUGAGUUGAAAAAAAAGCCUUACGUCCAAGUUAAUACUCAAUCAGUAAAAACAAAUUGCAAUUUGCAGUCGUAUAUCUCCGAGGGAUAUAUUUUGUUUGUCGUAUGUCCAUCCAGAAUCUUAACACAUUCGACCCCUUUGCAGAUGCAAUCAAGGGUUCAGAUGAUGAUGUCCAAGACGGUCUCGUGCAUAUAAGAAUUCAGCAGCGGAAUGGUCGCAAGACCCUAACAACGGUGCAAGGACUAUCUUCGGAAUAUGACUUGAAAAAAAUUGUACGGGCAUGUAAAAAGGAGUUCGCGUGCAAUGGGACUGUAAUCGAGCACCCGGAGUACGGGGAGGUGCUUCAGCUGCAGGGGGACCAGCGUGAAAAUAUAUGCCAGUGGUUAACCAAAUCAGGUUUGGCCAAACCUGACCAGCUCAAGGUUCACGGUUUUUAAAUCAACGGUAAAAGCAACAAAAGAAACACAAUAAAAACAACAACAAUAACAACAACAAGAACAACAAGCCUCCAAACGUAAAACAAAUAAAAAUCCCAAUAUCCAAAUGCCACACAAUCUCGAGAAAGCUCCACCGUUACAAAACACCUCAAUUCAUCAUUAAAUUUAUCUGUAAUCAGUCACUACUUGUUGAUACUUCGUGGGAUAUACUCCUCCCAAUUCUCAUUAUAUACGCAUAUAUAUUUCAAUAAAAAGAUUUAUUAAAAAAAAACACCACCAACAACCAACAAAGAGGCGUAAAGUGAAAAACAAAGGAAACAAGUUACUACGUAAAAAAAAAAUACAAAGGAACUACUAUACAUUAUCAUAUAGGCACAAUAUUUCUAAUCCGAGAAGAGUAAAAUUUUGUAAUAAUUAUAGUGAAAGCAAUAUUUUACAGCCUUAUGUUAGAUAAUCCGCUGAACUUUGUCACACUUGGAUUAAUAGUGUUAGACAAAUUUUUGAGAUAAUUAUUGUACAAGAGGUAGAUACAGGCAACUACGGAUGGAUCAACAAUAUCUUGUUAGAUAGUAUGUAUCUGGGCGCGAUUGAUGUGUUCAGAGAAUUAAAUUGAUGAACGUAAAACAAUUUUAAAAAACGUAAAUUUUGCAAGAUAAAUUGAAUUGAAAAACAACAAAAAAAAAACGAAGCGUAAUGAUGAACAGGAGUAAACGAAUGAAAAAAAGUCAUUUUAGCGUAGGAGAAUACAUAAAACUUGGCUUAAAUACUUCUCUCAUUUGUAACUACCGCUUUGCAUUAAUUCUGAAUGAAAAAAAAAACUACAGUAAUUGAA